CUCAUUUAAUUUGCUUAUGCUGUGCAUGAAGGACAAAGGCGGUACAGACGGAGCCUAAAGGGCUAGUGAUUCUGAUGAAGUGCUCUCUUAUGUUAAGGAAACAGUUUAGUGGAGCCCAUGGGAGCUGAGGCAGAAUCUGCUUGAUUCAAAGCCCCAGGUCUGCCAGUGCAUGAAGCGUGCAUUGCAAAAGCAGCCCGAACGCUCAAUCGAAGCGAGAAGACACUCUGGUCACAGCAAUUCGGCUGCUGUUUUCCAAGCAAGGAAGCUACAUUUCAGAAGGAUGAGCUCAUCUGUUUCACGAGAGCUGCAGUGUCCGCAGGUAUUUGGCCGGUCCAUAUCUCAGGAUUCUGUGGAGAGCUCCUCGAUGGAGGACUACUGGAGAGAAGUGAGGAGCAUUAAGGAGAGCAGUCAGAAUGGACAGGAGGAGCAGCACCUAGUGGAAGUCAAGACACCUGAUGAGGGGGAGAUGGAGGCCGAGUGGUUACAGGAGGUAGGCCUCUCCACGUUGGUCUCAGGCUCUGCAGGAGAGGAUGGGAUGGCGCUGUUGUCCACACUGACCCGAGCUCAGGCUGAAGCUGUCCAGCGCCGACUGGACACCUACACCCAGACCACCCGGAGGAAGAACAAGCAGCCCAUCCGGGAUGUUCGCGAUGUGUUUGGUCUCACUGACUCUCCGGCCAGAAUUGAGUUUAUGACACCUGAGGCAUCACCUACAUCUAAUGGGGUGCAGCAAUCUGAGGAAUCAACUUCGUGGGAUCAGUCAAAAGAGAAUAAUAAGAAUGGUGAGAAAACAGAAAGCCAGCCAGAAAUAACGGAGGACCUGAACUGGGACAUCCCGUACUCAGAAUCUCUGACAGCAGCUCAGAAAGAACAGCAGUGCAGAAACAACUUUAUAAAGAGGCCUAACAGUGCAGCACUGCCGAAAUUUACCAUUCGGGAGGAUAGACUGGGAUUAACACGCAUUGGAGAUCUAUCCCCUCAGGAUAUGAAAAAAAUCCAUAACCUCUCUCUGAUAGAGAUCACCACUUUCUACGAUGCACUUGGAAUAGAAUUGAAGAGGAACAGGACUGUGAGGGUUAAAGCAAAGGAAACAGGCCCCUUUGGUGUUCCCCUCACAACGUUGCUUGAAAACGAUCAAAAGAAGGUUCCAGGGACAAAAAUUCCUCUCAUCUUUCAAAAACUUUUGUCAAGAAUGGAGCAAACUGGUUUGGAUGCUGAAGGAAUUCUCCGGGUUCCAGGCUCUGCCUCACGAGUGAAGAAUUAUCGACAAGAGUUGGAGGCAAAAUUUUACAAUGACACCUUUGACUGGGACCAAAUCCAUCACAAUGAUGUCGCAUGCCUGCUGAAGACCUUCAUCAGAGAACUGCCCUACCCUUUACUUACUGCGGAAUACCUCCCAGCGUUUGUCGCCGUGCAAAAUAUCUCACCGAUCAAGUUGCAGAUUCAAGCUCUACAUCUAAUCAUCAUGUUACUGCCUGAUCCCAAUAGAGACACUAUCAAGGCUUUCUUGGAAUAUCUCAGCAAGGUUGUAGCCAAUGAAGCCAAAAACCGAAUGAGCCUGUGGAAUGUCUCCAUGAUUGUUGCCCCGAACCUCUUCAUGUGCAAAGGGAGGACUGGAAACCAUCAAGAAGCAGAGGCCGCUACCAAAGCUGCCAACGUUGUGCAGCUUCUCAUCAAAUAUCAGGACAUCCUCUGGACUAUCCCGCCCUUUAUGAUCGCCCAGGUGCGGAAGAUGAACGAAAGUGAGAAUCGAAGACGGACCAGAGUGACGUGGCUGAACACGUCUUCGUUUUUCUUUCCUCCAACUUUCAGGGGAAAUGGCUCGCCCUCCCCUGGUUCCUCUCCUCGAGGGCGCAACCGAAACCAGGAGCCUGCCUUGUGGGAGGUCCCAGGCGUGAACUCGUGUCCGUCUGCUUUGGGACACUGUUUAAAGUCGGACAUCCCCGAGGGAGUCAUCCGUGUUUAUGCCACUCAACUAUCAAAGGUUUCCAUGGCUAUCCAGCUGGACAGUGAGACUAAAGCAAGCGAUAUUCUUGCUCGGUUUCACUGUGAAAACAGUACGAAUUCUGCAGUUCCUCUUAAUGGACAGAGCCAUCACUUGUUUGAAAUCGGUGGAAAUAUAGGAGAACGCUGUCUGGACCUCAAUACGUACAUUCUGGACUUGUACCAUUUAAAUCCCAAUGCAACAUGGCUCAUUAAACCCAGAACAUUGUGAGAUUGCUUGUUGCAGAGUGAUGGGUCUUUUAAUAAUCCACGCACAGUGUUGGUGAAUAUGACUGCAGGGACCUCCUGAGAAUACUAGCUAAUUUUACAGUAGUGCCUCUGUGUCUAAGGCUUUGAGCUGUUGAUAACCGAUACCUGCAGGACACUGCCUUCACAGGUGACCAUUUGAGAGGUCUCAGUCCUACUGGUCUGGCAAAGCAUGUUGCCAAUUGACGGGACACCCUCAGCACUAACGGGAGGUUUCACCACUUUGAAGGAUUUUUUCUCAAUGCUUCAGCCACCUCUGAAGACUGGAGUCAGUAUGAAGUUUUUGCAUGAUGUAAAAUGAAACAACUCGCAAUAAACUCAUCUGGUGGCAAUUAAGAACCGUUGAUCUGCCAGUCACAGCUAUUCAAAAUGUAGCCUUGAAGGAAUGUGCAUUUUUAAACAAUUAUAUCUUCUUAACCAGACCACACAACUAUGGAAACAAAAGAUAUACCAACUUCGUCUUAUUUUCUGUGUUUUUUUCAGCUGGUGGGUGCAUGCAGGCGUUUGCUGGGAGAGAUGGUGUCUGAUGAGGACAGCCAAAGAAUAAACAAGACAGAUGUUGUGUUUUUUCCCUCGAUUAAAAAAAACAGCCAUUUCUAGCACCUGGAAUCGGUGCCAAAUUCCAUGCAUCCUAUCAAGCAGGAAAUUUUUACAUAAGGAGAGGAUGAUAGCUGCACCUGCACUAGCAAGGAAUUCCUGCCGGAACGUGACUCCCGGACUCUGUUAUGUAUCUGACUGGAAUUUUGUUUUGCAGCAAACUGAAGGCUCGACUUUUGUAUUGUGUCCUUUACAGAGUCUUUGUACAUACAGAAUGACGGAUUGCAGCCACUGCUUUUCAAAUCAGAGAUUCAAAUCAGUUGGAAACAAAACCCUGUGCUUUUAGAAUUUAUGGGAAGCUGACUGACAGGAUGGAAGAAGGAAGGAGCCAUUUUUGCUUUGAAACUUGCUCUCCAUGGGCACUCCACUGCGACGAAUUAAUCUUUCUGUUAUAGUUCACAAUCUCCUGUGCACACAGUAAAACAUUCUGUUGUUGUUUUUGACUUAUGAAUGGAAAUUGUGUUAAUGCGAAAAUUGUAGUAUUACCCUGUUCUUCUACAAUUACUGCAUUCAUAGCUCGGUCACAGAAUGGGUGUGAUUUCAUUGACCACGGUGGAACAGGCUUAAAGAGCAAAAUGGUUUAGUCUUGUUCCUGUGCUUAGUCUGUGUGUGAGUACACUGUAUUGUUUUGUCUCUCUUAGUAUGUGCUUUAGUACGCUUAUGAAGGACUCAACCAGCAUUGCAAUGCUGUUCAAAACAUGUGUCGUUUUGCAAGAGAGGGGAUUGGAAGAAUUUGCAGUCCUUCUCAGUCUUGUACAGAUUGAUAACGUUUAGGGGGUGGGGGUAGGGGUGGGUAGAAGAAACCACAAUUACUUUAAUUGUUUUGCGUUUCACCCUUGGUUGCCCCAGGGAAAAUGGGGGCUUGUUUGCUGUUUAUUCACUUCAGAGGCAGCAAUAAAAGGGUUUGCUGGCCCAGUUUUCCUUGUUUUGUUAGUCAAUUAGGUAAGAAUGUACGCUUAUGUGACCCUGCACUUUCCAGAGGAGGGGUUAACACAGAGGUAUUUUGCAUGCUGCAUUGUCAGUGAAUUAGACCAUAGCUCCCUAACAAACUCCAUAUUGAUGGGAUUUGGAGAUAUGUGUUAUUUUACUCAGUUGGUUCAUGAUAAUGCUAUGCUUAAGGUUAAAUAUAGUAGGUGUAGGGGACAAAUGUGGAGCUUAUCAAGAAAUCCUUUUUGUUCGAUCUGUGCUGUCCAUGUUAUGACUCUAUGACUGUAAACAGCCUACUCACACGAACAGAGUAUUACACACAUAAUGGAGAAUUUUCUGAAAUUGUGCCUGGAAUCUAAAAGGACACAGCUGGUUGAAUUUUCAAAAGUUUUACAUACUGCAGCUAUCACUCUCGGACUGAUAAUCUACCAGGAAGGGAGCAUAGACCCCAAAUGUGCAGCUGUUUGCUAUAUUCAUACUCGAUGAUGGAAAUUAGAAUUCUAUAUGCUAAUCAGAUUUAGUUAGUGACUCAAGACUCGUUGGAUGGUCAGUUCUAGCUGAGAAUGGAAAGACUCUUACUGAAUGGUCUGUUAAGAAUUCCAAAUUGUACAGGAGAUAUGAAGUUGGUCUGACAGCAUUUGUCUAAAUUUGAUUCAGGGCUUGAAUCAAAAUUUAUAGCCAAGUUCCAUUCUUAAAUGUGUAUUCCUUAGCAUGGCACAACUUAUGAACUGAAAGGAUCGAGUUGUCUUCCAUUAACCUGUCUGAAAUUGGAUGAGAUGAUGCAAAGACGAUUGAGCAGAGAGCUCUACUGAUGCCUGACUGUUGACAGUAUAGUGAACCCCUUCUAGUAUUAACCCCCCUCCCAAAACUCAGUGACCCCCCUGACACCUCUGCCACAGAAAAAAGGAUGCUGGGAAGCUGAUCUUGAUAAUCCUGCCUAUCAAAGAUCCCUGCAUUCUACUGCUGCAAUCUUUAACCCUGGGGAUAGUCAGGAGCAGGGUAAUUGUUUGAAAACCAGGCUGCCACUGAAAAACCCACUGAAACUCCUCCUGAAGAGAGCGUUCCUGGGUUUAACCCUCUUGCUUUUGCACCCAGGUCAAAAAUGGUGCCUUAUUUUAAAUUUCUACUUAGACUAAAGUAUAACUUAUUCUUUGCCAGUGGAUCUUCAAAGCUCGUCUAACUGGAUUGAUUCGGGCUCUUCCUCUUUUGAUGCCAUAUCCGGAUCUCCUUUGUCCUGCAUUAUCUCUUGAUGAUUAUGAUGAUCCAUUCAGGAUCUCAGUUGCAUGAUCCCUGACCAAAUAGUUCAGGGACCCAGUAGGACCUGUGUCUUAUGGACCAGUUAAGAGACACCCCUGACUCAAUGACACUAACUGCAUAAGAAGCAAAAUCAGAGUUCCACCCUCCAAACCUCAAAUCCCCAAAUUGUAGAAUAGCAGUCAAAAAGAGUCCUUGGAGAGCGUAGACUGUUAGGAGGAGAGGGGAGUGGGGAGGAGUGGCUGCGCAGCAGAGUGUUUGCAACAUGCGAGCGGAUGAAAUAUUCAAAAAUGCCUUUUCAUUAAGUGGCCUCUUCUAAGGAACGCUAGCCAAUCUAUCUUCUUUUCUACUUGUGAUAGUUUGUAAUCUGCCAGGGAAAGACCAAAAUUAUUGCUUUAUUACCCAAAUUGUCUCUCAGUGCCCGAAUUUAGAUACAUACGUGUGACUCCUGUUUUGGCCACUAAAUCUCUGGCCAGCUAUGUAAUGCAAGCUUGUGUCAAGUAUAAUUUCUUUUUGUACUUUUUAAAAAAUUUCCAUUGCUCAAUAAGGUGAUAGUAAAAUGAAAAUAGAUCCUAAAUACAUGGUUCUGAGGUUUCUCGUGUGUGCCUCAUCAUUCUUGGCCCCACUUUUAACAGGAUCUAUCUGAUCUCUGAUAUGUGGAUAAGUAUUUCAUAUCAAUUACCUUAUAUAUUUUGUAGCUCUUAUUCGGGCUUCAGUAAAUUGUGGGUUCUCCAACAUUGAAAAACUGGCAACAGUAAAAAGAUGCUCAAAAAUGAUUGGUUUUCAGUUGAGGAUGCUGUAGGGAUGAUAUCAUUGCUGGAUUUGGAAAUUAAUUUGCAGGAGCCACAAACCGACAGUUAAGGAACUUGUUUCUCAUAUUGUUGGAGUCGAGUCACAGAACUUGAUUAACAGCGUCUUUAAUUCUCAAUGUUCCCUGUAACGUGAGCUACUGAACUGUAUCACUUUGUGGGGCACAGGAUAGGAUAAGUUAGAAUAUUACCAGUUCACAUCAUAAUAGACACUGGCUGAGUGAAGGAUGGCAGUGAAGUAAGUGUACUGUUGCUUUGCUGUUGUUCCCUAUGUUUGAACUGGCCCCUAAGCUCUGGUUGAAAUGUACUUGGAGCCGUGCAACUUGUAGGCAUGAGUGUGCAGCCCUUAAUCUGGUAAUAAUUGGCACUGCCACAAAGAGAUUGAGGAUAGUUGUUGUGAGCUACCAGGGCAGUAACCAAGAUCCCACUGGAGGUUUGAGCGAGGGCAUGUGGAGCAGGGGAUGACCAUUAUAUACCUCAGACCAAGUGCUUUAUGACGAUCUCCUAUUCAUUUCCAUUAACAGCAUUGCUUGACCUGAGGAAGACAUAGUUUCAUUAAAAUAAAUUAUGUCGAGGAAAGGCCACCCGACAGGUCAAAAUAAAAGACCUGAUAAAUUAGAGAUUACCUUUUUAAUGACAGUCCAGUUUAAUUCCGGAAAUCCAGCUUUAAUUUUUAACACUAAGGUUUUAAUGACCUCUUAUUUGUAAUAAUAGCUUUCUACUGCCAAGUGUGCAGUAGAAACUGUAAUGUAUAUAAAGCAGUGUGUGUUUUCGUGUCUGUUGGAACAUUAACCACUUUAUGUGUUUAUUGCUGAUGGAUUUUUUACAUUGUAUUUUCUGACAUGUCUGUGCAAAGCUACCUCUGUUCACUGACUUAUUGCUGAUGUUAACAGUUGAGGUUGAUUGAGAGGAUAAGAACCCUCUUCCCGAUAUGAUUGUACUGAUUUUCUAAUAACAGCCUGUUUAAUCAUUAAGUAUGGAGCUCACACGAUACAGAGAUCUCUCAUCAUGUAACGGCAUUGAGUGUGCACAAGCACAGUUGGCAGCAGUAGUACGAUUUUAGGAAAUUUUAGCUCAUGCUAAUUAUAAGAAUGGACAUCUGGGUUAUUAAAUGAGAUAUAAUCUUCAUUAGUCAGGUUAGCUGACAGUCUUUUCUAUUACCUGUGAAGAUCUGAUCUCAUGUAAAAAAAACCUCAAUUUAGCUUUUAGAGAUAAUACAACUGACAUGAGACUGUAGUUUAACACUAAUUGCCAAUUUUAGCCAAUUAAUGAUAAUUGGAGUUUUAAUCUAUGCCUUCUGCAUUCAAUUGUCCUAAUUUACUUGCAUUGUUUAACUAUGUAAAUGCCUUUUUUGAAUCAGCUGAAGGAAGUGAUUUACAUUCCAACAGCGUGAAGUGAACACUCACUCUCAGUGCCUGAGUGGUAAUCCAUUUGGUGUGGUUUACCAGCCUGACUUUAAUCACAUCGAAUAGAACUGGUUCCAUUCAGACUGGGGAUACACUGCACAGGUUUAUUACUUAGGUGACAACAGCUCUUUGUCUCAAUUCUGAGCUGUGCACUACACCUACAUGUGUCACUGAUGGGUGAAGGAAAAAAAGGUUUGGUUUUUGUGAUCUUCACGGUCUGGAAAUAUCAGAGCAGUCAGUUGGGAACAAUUCCUAAGUUUUACGUGGGAAGUUGCACAGAAGUUGUUACUGUAUUCCAUGAUCCCUUCAGUGGAACUCCUGUCUCUGGAGAUCAGAGACCCCUGUGAAAACUCUCUCAUCCUCGCUCUAAUUUCAGCACAAUGAAGUGCACUUAACCUGAGUGCACCAGUUUUAUUGUAUUAAAGAUGAUUCAAAAACAUGAAGAUUGUCUCUGAGAUUGACCAUUAAUACUAAUCGAAGGGCAACUCUGAGCUGUAAGCCUAUUUCAUUCAAAAUCACUUCACAUAGGAUUUGACAGCAUCAGUCAUGGCCUGCUUUGAAACCAGGUGCUAAAGGUGAAAGGUCACUAUGUAACCUAAUGCGUAAACCGAUUACUUUCAAGAAACCUCUUUUAAUCAAGUUCCUAGUCCUGUCAAUCAUCUUUAAAAAAAACUCUUCACAUUUUAAAACAUCUUUAAAAGUCUAAUUAAGAAUGCUAUACAAAAAAAAUUCUGGCUUACAUGUGAAGUAAUCUUAUUGACACUGCCCCUUUGGCAAUUGUACAUACACGAAACCAUUACUCUACAACGUGAUAAAUGAUUUUUGAUCUACUACUUUUUCAUUCCUGCUAUUUAUUCACAUACCUAACCUUCCAUGCAAUGUAUGUGAUUCCAUUGCAAUGGAUGAUUCAGUCUUAUCUUUUACUUGCAGCAAAUCUCUGCUUACUAUAAUGGAUCGGGGUGGUAACUCUUUAGGAGUGGUACCCAUGGCAGAGUUUUGUGUAGAACCACUUGUCCCCAUUAAAGCACCAUUCCUUUAGUUGCUGUUUUUGCUGGUGACAAACUGAGGACGACACCCCUCAGGGAUGUUUAUGCUCAGUGCCUGGAAUGAACAGCUAAAAUAUUUAGUGGUGCACUUCACCCAUGUGCAUAGUGUAUCAAAUGGUUCAACAGAAGGAAUGACAAGAUUCCUAGAAUGUUCCAAUACUACUGACUAUGCACAAAAACAUGAAUGUGUACAAAUGUAUAUUGUAAUUUACCAAGUUCAUACCACAU